CAGUCUGCCUGCUAUGCGUACACAUAUGAGUGUGAGCAUUUGUGUGUGUUCUCCAUUUGCGGACAUGCUGUUUAGUGUAUCACAAAGAAAACAAUGAGAAACCUCUUAUUGUCCUGGUGGAAUGUGGCAGAAGACAACGAGGGAAGUAUGUCAUCGCCUCAAGUGCUUGGCACCAAUGUCCAGUCAGCUUGCACCAUGACACACCACACAAUGAGAGCGACAGGUAAACAAAAAGACAAAGAAAGAGAGAUGUGACCAUAAACAUGGUCCUGCACUACAGCCAAUGCAAAUGAGGAUGGUGUGUGUGUUUGUCAGAAUUAAGCUUACAAAAAUUUCACUUUCUGAAGCAGGACCAUAUUCUACACAGUCUGCUGUUCAGAUACAUGAUGAUCAUGUUUGUGGAAAUCUCAUGAUGUUGAUUCAAAAGUUUGAAUCGAGGAGUGGAACCAUGCACUGACGAAAGAGUGGAGACCGCCAGACGACUCUUGAGAUGGAGCUUCUCCCUCUGAGUGUGAUGAGUCCUGGAGCUCACCUUCAUCUGCAAGCGGACCCUUUGUGGCUCCAGCGGCAAGCUGUGGAGGAGCAGGUGGAGCUGUGGUGGUUCAACAAGCCGCAUGUCUCUCUCCUGUGUUACUGCUUUUCUGUGGCCAUGGUUCUGAGCCUGGGUUCGGCUGGUGUGGGGCUCCUCUCGACCGCCUCUUCUGCCGUGGGGCCCUCGGUACUGUGGCGCUUGGGCAUAGGAUCUACUCUCUGUCUCCUGGCACUGGUGGUCCUCAUGAAGCAGUUGCUCAGCUCUGCCGUACAAGACAUGGGAUGCAUUCGCAGCCGCAGACGCAUCGAGCAGCUGCGGAGUGGAGGAACGGCAGAUCCCAUACUGUUGCUCUUCACUGGCUUGGCGCUGGUGGUCUGUGGGACUACGCUUCUCAGUCUCACUGAGUCAGACAUGCUGCUUUCUGGUGUGACCCUCCUGGCCAGUGGGGGUGCUGUGGUGCUAGGUGUGAUGGCAUAUGGAGUGAUGGUUUAUGUGCAGGGAAGGAGAAACGUGAGGAGGCGAAGACGACAAAGGGUGAGAGUGUAUACGGUGACGGGGCAAUGGAACAGUCCGUGGAGGGAUUCAACAUCUAGCCAGUCGAAUUUGUUAUGAGAGAAGAAUCAAGAAUUCCAUUUGCCUCUGGUUCCUACAUAAAUUCCUAAAAAAUUACACCUGCAAAACAAAUGGCAUCAUGUAUUCUCUGUAGUUUUGCUAGACAAUCAAACGCCUCCUAAGCAAAUGAUAGCAUUGUCAUUUCUUGUUUUUUACGUUUUAUCUUCUCAAUGCCGGGGCAAUGGAACGCCCUUAUAGUUGGAAGUCAAUGAUAUGAAGUAGGAAUAUCCCAUAUCCAUAUAAGAAUUCUGAAUGGAAAGCAUGUGCAGUAGCUUACAACAAAGUACACUCCUUUGAAUACUACAUCCCAGAAUGCAAUGCAUUCAACUUCACUGUGGCAAAAAGUAAGUGUACUAUUCUGUUGUUGACAUGAAGUGUGUUCCACACAGCUGUACGGUGUACAUUUUAGGACUUCCUCACACCUCAGUCAUACAACGAAAAGGCUUCAUGCCUCAGACUGAAAGGCUUCAGGUCUCAGGAAAAACAACGUCAGGUGUCAGGUCUCGUACAAAUAGGAAUUGAACGAAACAGCCUCAGACCAAAAGGCAUCAGAUGAAACGGACUCAGAUAAAAAAGGCUUCAGACAAAACGGCCUCAGACUAAAAGGCAUCAGACAUAAAGGUAUCAGACGAAAUGGACUUAGAAAGAAGCAAAUUGCCCCGCCUCAAUGUGAUGUCAGUUUUCUGUUAAACGUUACACUAAGUUGUAUAAAACAUAUCCCACUGAGAUUAUUUUGUAAAUUUGUAUUAUUCACUAGUUUUAUUUGCAUGUAUAAAAAGCUAGCAAAAUAACACAUUGCAACUAGCUUGCAUUGCAAACUAUCGUGAACACAUAUGAAAAUGAUCCAUGGUUAAAAGUGUGUUAACCAAGGUUUUUUUUUUUUUUUUUUUUGAUAGGCUACUAUUUGUAUAACAAUAUUUUACUACAAAUACCAUAAACUAUGGUGUAGCAAACCAUGGUUAACUACAAUAACCAUUUUGUUUUAUUUGUAGUAAAACCAUGGUUUAUUUUUAUAAGAGAGGUAAAAAAAAAAAAAAUCGUUCAAGCUAUUUGAAUGCGUUGUUAUAAGUACAGCUGC